CACACACACACACACACACACAGAUCCAGCAUGAGUCACAGAUCACAAUGUAGGUCACAUCCACUGUCCCGUCUCGCUGGCUGCGGGCGAUGCUCGGUUAAACUGGGGCUUGUCGUCGUCACGUCACCGCACAGCUGCGAAAAUGCUGUUUUCUAUUAUUCACCAUUUCACCUGCAUAUUUUAUUUUGGCCUCAAAAACACAGUUUUCGGCCUGUUUUCUCCGCCUUUACACGACAGUUAAAGUGCAGUCGUAUGAGGCACCGACACAAAUCAGUGCUCACACAAGGAAAAACUUGAUUUUACGCAAUAAAACCUCAUGUUUGCGUCUUUAUCUCGCUGCUGGAUGGCUUUUUCUGACAGGAAACUCAAACUACUCACUCUCCUGCCCCUUGAAAAAAUCAGCGAUUUGACAUCCUGGUGCAGUGAAGACCCUGACCCACUUCUGCCUCCAUCAUGACACCAGCUGUUAGCCUCUGCGGCUCUUGUUUCUUCUGAGUGUCCGUACUCGAGUUUUUUCGCCCACUGGUCCGUCACUUAAAACUGUCCCCAGCAUGAGCUCCUCUCCGCUUGUAUCCCGAGCCAACAUGGACAUCCUGGAUGAGCUGCAGUUGAUCGCGGCCCAGAACCUGGAGCAGCUGGAGGUCAACAAGUACUACGAGGUCAUCAGAGAGUUGGGCAAAGGCACCUACGGCAAGGUGGACCUGGUGAUCCACAAGAUCAGAGGCACAAAAAUGGCUCUGAAGUUCCUGAAGAAGAAGACGACCAAGCUGAAGUCAUUCCUGCGCGAGUACAGCAUCUCCCUCUACCUGUCGCCCUGCCCCUUCAUCAUCAACAUGUUCGGCAUCGCAUUUGAGACCGACGAGUACUACGUGUUCGCACAGGAGUACGCCCUGGCUGGAGACCUCUUUGAUAUCAUUCCUCCACAGGUUGGUCUUCCUGAGUCGGUGGCGAAGCGCUGUGUGCACCAGGUCGCCAUUGCUCUGGACUACCUGCACUGUAAGAAGCUGGUCCACAGGGACAUCAAACCCGAAAACAUCCUAAUUUUUGACAGAGAAUGCCGAAAAGUCAAGCUGUCCGACUUUGGUAUGACCCGCCGGGCUGGCUCACCUGUGAAAAGAGUGAGUGGUACCAUCCCCUACACGGCCCCGGAACUCUGUGACGUGUCCCGCCAUGAGGGCUUCUGCGUGGACUACAGCACCGACGUCUGGGCCUUUGGCGUGCUGCUCUUCUGCAUGCUGACGGGUAACUUCCCCUGGGAGAAGGCGCUACCUUCUGACUCCUUCUACCAGGAGUUCAUCCGCUGGCAGAGGAGGAGGACCAACACGGUGCCGUCGCAGUGGAGGCGCUUCACCGAGCAGGCGCUGCGCAUGUUCCGCCGGCUGCUCUCUGUGGAGCAGGACCGCCGCUGUUCCGUCAAAGAGGUGUUUGGAUACUUCAGCCACUCCUGGAUGCUGGACGCAGAGAACAACAACAACAACGGCAACAGCAACACGGGAAACGGAGGUGGUGGCGAGAGGGUUGGCGGUGGUGGAGGAGGUGGAGGUGACGUGAACGGCACCAUCUCAUCCUCCUCAUCCGGAGAGGAAGAUGAGGAGCUGCUGGUGGAGCGGAUGAAGCAGCAGACGUUAUCUCCUCUCUCGCCACUGUCUCCCAUGUCUCCAGUGGCGGUGGAGAGGGGCAGCGGUGGCACAGCCAAGGGCGGGAUGAUGGAUCCAGUUGGUGGCCACCAUUUCGUGCCCGUUUCCACCAACAGCUCCGUGUCGUCCACCAACAGUUAUGAUCGGAUGCCUCGAGAAAACAGUUCACCGGGCGGCCGCAUGCUGGUGGCCACGCCCAUAGAGAUCUGUGUGUGAGUCGGUGUGAGCGCUACAGACUCACCGCACUGCACUCUUUUAUUGCUAACCCCACCACUCUGAUGUGCAUGCCAGGAAACAAACAAUCCGACUACGAGCACCAACACGUUCAAAGUGGAGAUGAAGCUCUGAACAAUUUGACUGUUUUAUUUUUUUAUCUUCGGCAAAAUUUAGCUCAAGAAUCGACUUAAAAUUCCUCCAGAUUCGCUACAAAAAAGUCGUCUUUUUUUUUUUCACCACUGGGGGGCAUCACAGACAGUGAUUAUUUGUUUGUUUACCAGUAGAAUUUAGCGAAGUAAGCUUGAUGAAUUAAAAAGAAAAGGAGACCGUUUAAGUCUCAUUUUCUUUUGGCGCUGGACGUUGCAAUGACUUCUACGGCACUAAAGAGGGAGCCAAACUCGCAAAAAUUGGUGGCGGCUGGAACGUCUGCUUACCUUGCGUUUUGAUUUGAUUACGAUUCAGAGGACAACGAUUUUAAUUAUGGAAACAAUUGUAAAAAGAAAAUUUUAAGAUAAAUACGAUUUUUCUUUUUUACAAAUGGUGCAAUGAAUUGUAGCCAGACGCUGUAGCAUCAGAGAUUGGAGCUAGGAGCUGCCGUAGCCAGAUGCUAUCACUUUGGCAUUUGAUGUUAGCAGCUACGGUUGCCAGACGCUGUAGCCUUAGCAUUUGAGUUUGGCAACUACUGUAUCUAGACACUAAUGUUAAACACUGAAGCCAAGGCGUAUAGCGACAGUAGCCAGACAUUAUAGCCAGAUGCUGUAACAUCAGUAGCCAGACUUUGGCUUCUGACGUUAGCAGUCAAUGUGGCCAGAUGCUGAAGCAUUAGCAUUUGAGCUUAGCAGCUAGCUACAGCCAAGGCAUCUAGCUACAGUAGCUAGACAUUAGCAGCUGCUUUAGCCAGAUGCCCGUAGCAUUGGCUGGUGAUGUUAGCAGCUUUAGCAGAUACUGAAGCAUUAGCUAACUAUAGCUAGGUCUUCUUCACAGAAAGAACAUGAAAAUGAGUGAGUUAUCGUCUUCAUCAGUUUGAUACAAGUGAUUCUUCGAUAUUCUGCCGUGUCUUUUUUCCAUUAAUGCUAAUUCGUCAACAUCGACAGACGUCACCAGUCAAAGAUGGCUGCCUCCUAGUGGUGAAAAAGUUAAACACAAACUUUUUUUCUAGCAGAAUAACAAGUUAGAUUGUUGUGCUAACUCCUGCGCUAGAUAAAAAUCCAAUUGUAGGAUGUUUACAUUCCUCGCGAGACAAAAUCAAAGACGCUUUGAAUCCACCAAACAAGUACAAAUAUUUUUUGUUGGUGAAAACGAAGGAAAAAUUGCUUCCAUUAGAGAUUCUGUUGCUGAAACCACGUGAAGAGACGACCAAAAUUUUUUUCUUAAAGCAAUACUUCCAGCAAAAAAAACAAAAACAAAAAAGAAACAGGAAGAGGCGCAGAACGUUGAGAUUCUGAUGAAGCAAUGAAGGAUUUGUAUUUUUGAAGACUGAAGUAAUUCAAGGUCAAUCCUAAAAAAACAAAACAAAAAGGAGCGGCGGUUUUAAUGUUUCCCGUGUAACAAAAAAAAUGUGAACGUGUGAGUGUAUCACUGUGUAUGUAUGAAUCCAAACAAUUUAUUUUCCUUUAAGGAUUUUAUUAUUUAUUCAAAUCUUCAAAAAAAAAAAAAGACUCAACUUUCUAUUUUUUUCUAUGUUUUGUAAAGUAGAUUUGUUUUGUUUUUCUGUUUAUCUUUGUUGUUCCGCAACAACGUGAGUUACAGAGUGGUUUUCAGAUAUAAAAUACGCCCUCUACUGGCCGUAAAAACCUACAGCAGAAGAGUUACGACGCCUCUGUUCUUCAUCUACGUCACCGUCAAAAGAAAAAAAUAAUCUUUUCUACUCACUUCUAUUUCUCGUUUUCUUUUUAUAUUACUUUUAUUUUCAUCCGAAAAGAAAAUGGAUAAAUACUUAGCAUUUUCAAUCUCAAAUAAAAAACAGUUUUUUGUAAUUGCAUGACAUGUAGCUAAAAGUUAGAUUUACACACAAAAAAAGAAAGAAUUUGAACUGGCUUUCCAAACAAAAAAAACAACAAAAAAAUUGUAAUGUGAUGUGGAACUUUUGCUGUAGCACAAUUUCUUGCAUCAUCACGAUCUUAGGGCUAAAAAAUCGGAAACAAUAAUUAGUUUUUAUUGUGUGUGUCGUAUUUGUAUCGGUGUUAAUGUCGUGCUCUCAUCAGCGCCACCUUCAGGAACAGAAAAAAAAUGAAAAUGCAAAGCAUGAGGACGAUGAAAAAAAAUCAUAGGAAUUUCUGCAAAUUUUCAGUGAAAUUGUGGAAUUUUUUCAAAUUUAAGUUUUUUUUCGUUUUUUGAGAUAAUUUUGACUCAUUAUAAAAAAAACCUGAAGAAAAAAAAAACAUGGGCUCAUGUAUAUGAAUGGAUGUUUUGUGUUGCAUGACUCUGUGUGUUGCUGUUGUGAAAAAAAACCUGCUCCGUGUUGCUCCAGUCACAAGCCGUAGGACUGUAAAUGUCGUAAAAAAAGCUGCAAAAACAAAACAACGCGUUUCUUUAUCUCGUGGGAGUGGGAGUCGCUGACCUCAGCUGGGAACCCUCGAAGCUGCUCCCUCCCCGUAUGUAAAUGACUCCAUCUUGUGACUAUCUCUGACCUCACCGUUGACCCCUCUGACUCUGAACAAUGGUCAGUCCUGAUAGAGACGGACGCUGGUGUUUUAACCGUGUGAGGUUCAGCUGCACAUGAGAUGACGACACCUCCUCCUCCUCCUCCUUCUUCUCAUCAUCAUCAUCAUCAUCACCACGUGGAUCUACUGUGUUGUGUCAUCGUCACGCAGUCUCAUUUUAUGUCAAGUGGAGAUUUGUGUGAGUGAGGUUUGGCCGACAAAAGAUCUAAUUUGUGAUUUUAUUCCAAAUAAAAGCUGUCUGUGAAGUGCAUGCAACCGAAAUGCAGAAGGAAAUGUGGGCCGAUGUUUGUAAACACGGCAAAUUUGGCUCCUCCUCCUCCACUGAUUCUCCGAUAUUUAACAUACUAACACUUGGGGUUUUUGGCCAAACCUGACGGAGCGUUCAAGAAUUUUGACCGAACCCGAUAUGGAUUUUGUAUUAUUACUGUCGCCAGAUGCUGUAGCAUCAGCGCUAGCAGCUGCUAUAGCCAGAUGUAGUACCAUCAACAUUUGAGCUUAGCAACUACUUUAGCUAGACACUAAUGUCCAACACUGUAGCCAAGGCAUCUAGCUACAGUAGCUAGACAUGAGCAGCUGCUUUUGUCAGAUGCUAUAGCUUAUUUGUCAGGGGAUGUUAACUUUACCAGCUACUGAAGUAUGGCUCCAUUAGCUAGGUUUUAUUUACAGAAAGAACAUAAAAAUGAGUGAGUUUAGCAUCUUCAUCAGCACGGUAAAAGUCAUCCAGUACUUUUUUUAGCAGAGCCAGACACAGUCUAGAAUUAAGGUCUUUGCACAUCGGGCGCGUUUGAGAAAAAACGGGGACGGCCGUCUGGAUUUAUUGUGAUUUUAUGGCUGUAUUUGUCCAGAAGGACGAUUAUUGGUUAGCUGUGGAUUUGUCAGAAAAUCCUUCAGGAAAAAUUGAUUGCGAUCUGUAAAAUAUAACACUUGCAAAUUGGUGAAAUCUGUCAAUGUGAAUGCUGCAAAAAGGCCUUUAGCUGAAGCUACUCUGGUUGUUAGCAUUUAUUUAUAGCUACCGCAAAUGACAAAAGUCAUCGUUACAACCACAAAUACACAAAAGUCACACACCAGCACUUCUAUAACAACACAAUUACAAACAACCUUGGAUUCAACCCUCGUCGAAAUGAAACCACUCAUAAAUAUUGACAUAAUCUAACUAUUUUUGGUUUAUUUGGAGUUGUUUUAUGGAAGUAAAUGGCUGCUACACAGAAACACAAAUAUUAUUCUUAUUCUUAUUAUUAUUAUGAUUAUUAAUAAUAAAAAUCAUAAUAAUAAUAAUGAUCAUAAUUUACUUAAAAAACUCAAAUUUACUUAUUUUAACACGUCAUUCAUCCAUUAAUUGAACCUUUAUACUGUAUUUUCAGUAAAGUAAUUGUAAGAACAGGCACUUAAAUUCACCUUAUUACUAUUGUGACUUUCAUAGUUGGUCAUAUAAACAGAUUAGGUCAGAAAACACUGUCUCAGCACUGUUAGCCACAGUGGUGGCUCAAACUCAGAACUACAAACAGUUUAGUUGAUCAGAACCUACAGUUAUUAGCAUUAGCUCUCAGUAUGUUUGUUACAUACACCUUAAUCUACACUAUUUUAAUCCACUUUAUACUAUUUGUUGUAGAAAUGCCAGUACUUUAGCUACUUUCAAGCUACUGAGGCUAACUGCUAGCACUUACCUGGUUAACAGAAAAGAGGCCACGUUCCCCCACGUCCUUCACAUCACUCUUCAUCCUCAUCUUCUCCUUCAGUGAAACAAAACCACAGCUUCACUCUGGUUUUUAGAGACACUUUAGCCUCACUUAGCUAGCAUUUCUUAGGUUGUGGCUCCUGGUUGUGACCUGAUUGUACCGCCCCCCUUAGCUUUUAUUGGCUAAAAAAAUAUGAACACUUUGGCUGACCAAUGCUGUCCAGAACCAGUAAAGACCAGGAGAGGGCAGUGUCUCCACCACACACCUGUAGAAGGUGUUUUUUCUAAUCCAAGAUUAUUUUUGGAUUAAUCUGUGUUUCACAUGAGUUUCUGUCACAAAUCCGACGCUCAAAGUAGCAAUAGACAGGAAGUUAGCCAAAACACACUUUAGUUGAAAGCAACACAUAAUUGUCGUUUCUUGGAAUAUAAUGGAAUUAACGUUCUUCACUCUUUGUUUUGGAAGUUAGCAACGGUGUCUAACUUUGUAGCAAGAGAUGCUAAUGUUGCUAAAGCGAGGCUCAGGCUAACAGUUCCGAUUUGUAGCAGUAAUGCUAACAUAAACAGUUAUGACUGCUGCCACCUUUUGGCUAACUUCCCAUCCGUUGUAUUGUUGGUUUAUUGCCUUAGCUUUAGCUCAGAGACGCUAAUUUAUGCAGCUUUCAGAUAAAGUUUUGCCCCGACAGCAGCUUUUAUUCGUCCACUGUUUCUGUAAAAGCUUCACAUGACAUCCUGUGAUUUCAUGAGUGCCCCCUGGUGGAGUAGAAGUUGUUGAUUAAUGGAUUAUUUUGACAACGUUCAAAUAAUAACUGAAAACAUUCGCACAAAUUUCCUGCCAGUAGUUUCUUUUCUUUACGUUAAAGUUGCCCCAGUGAAGUUUUCGUUAUCUUUAGCGUGUCCUUAGUGUCGAUUGUCAGCGGUUUUUAGCAUCGAACCAGUGGCGGGACUUUCACGCUGGCGUCGUCACAAGUAACUUUUAAGUGGAGAAACAAGAUAUUUUGCACGUACACUGUAUCAGCAUGGUGUAUUUUAGUGUGUUCUGAAGUUCCCACUUACUUUUAUAAUUAAAGUACUUGACUCGUUUCUUUCAAACAGGAAAGUUUUGUCGUUAUUUCAGCCUGUGACAGGAUUUUCAGCUCAUUCUAAAUAAUAAAAAAAAUGCUAACAAGCGUUAAAUAUUCCUACGCUAAGAGCUGAAAAUUUUUGACUGACAGCAAGAGGGCGAAAUGUGGUCGUUGCCUGAGCUGUGAGCGCCCCCUGUGCCUGGAACCACCAAACGACAGGCUCUAUGUGUCUCUUUGUCCAGUGACGUACUUAAACGCAUCAUAAUUUUAGUUUGCCGUGAAUUAACCACAGCGCCGGUUCUUCUGUCUUUGCAAUACAACUGUCUUCCCGUAGAUUUAGUCAAUAAAAUGAGAAUUCUUGUUUGGUUUUGUGA